AAUAACACCGGAUGUAAAGAGACAGAUGAUGAGAGUGUCUGUCUGUUGUGAUGAGGAUUAUGUUGUACACAUUCUGUUUAUAUUGUCAACCAACUGUCUGAGGCCAUUAAUUACCGGGAAUGAAUGGCAUGAUCUGUGGAGUAAACUUAUGGAUGUGGACAGUUAUGGUUUCUCUGGGAAUUGGUUCCACUGGACGGCCCCUCACGCGGAUCGGCGUAGUGGAUACCCUAUCCGACUAUCAAUCCCAGUACUCACUACGACUGUCGAGUACACAACCGGAUGUGGCUGAGGUGUUGAUUACUUGGAACAACGCGGAAAUGAAUGAACUCUUCCAGGUUCACCAGAAAGUUUUAGGGUUCAAAAACAGCAGUUUGGACAUAUUGCUAGUCUGCCAUACGGGACUUGGAAUUUGGGACGCCAUGUUGUCUAACGAAUCAACCAGAGUUAUAGAUGUCUAUUCACCUGAAUUGUUCUUCAUGCAUACCGGAAGUGACGACACACAACAUGCGUCUUCUACUCUAGUUUUUGAAGCUAACAAGCUUGGGGUUGAUACCAAUCGUUCCAAGAUCUCCUCACAAAAGUACACAUCAUCAGUUCUAGAAACAACACGAAGCAUCAUACAGUCUUUACAAUGGAGGUCUGUAGCUAUCAUAUAUGACGAAGAGGCUGCGUCAACGGUAGAAGAACUGACCAUGUCAUUGAACAAGGAUGGCGUGUUUGUGAUGUCAUAUCUGGAACAUGACGUCAGUGUUGUUAGGUUCAACCAUCGUUCAUUACUGGACGACAUUUACGACAGUUUUGACGAGAAAGGCGUCAACAUCACCGUUAUCUGUAACAUCCAGUGUGUCCAACGGGUCCUUAGCCGGGCUAAUUCAUUUGAUCACAUGCACAUUCACAAGCAUCAAACCGCAAUGCGGCAGAGAUCAAGAUGGUUCGUCAUUACGAGCGCGUCUGACCUUGACCGAGACGUCGGGGAUUACAGUUAUGACCUUGACAAUGUCGCUGUGUUCAACCUUCAUAAAUGUGGUGAAGACUUCAGCAUCAAAGAUGUGGCGCUGCCUUCUUUAUUCGACAUGGAUAACCUACAUACCAUUCCAUCCGCUACUGUAGCCGUUUCAACAGCUGGACUUAACGUUACCUUACCACAGCAAACUUUCAGCAAAGUAAUGGAGGAUUUCGUGUACGAAGUGAAUGGCGUUCCAUUGUGUACACACUGUUCUCUAUAUACUCUUAUAUGGGUUAAAAAAGGCGGGAAAAUCAGAACCAUGAAAGACUCGAAAAACAGACGCAGUUUCCAAUCCGUCGGUCACGUGAACAUCUCUGGAAUUCGAACAAUGCACAGUGAAAUCUUCCCUAAUGUUGACUUCCACUUCAAUGGGCGCGAAUUUUUGACAACUACAAAUUGGUGGCCACCAUUUAUGGACCGAUACGAGGUCAAUGGAACACGAGUGUACUUUGGUUUCUGUCAAGACUUGUUAGAUGAACUGGCCAGCCAACUAAACUUCACGUACGUAAUGACAGAACCCGCAGACAAAGAAUGGGGGUUCAUGCGUGACAACGGAAGCUGGACAGGGAUGAUAGGAGAACUACAACGAGAGGAAGUGGAUAUGAUGAUAGCGCCGGCCUCUAUCCAAGCGGGGCGGGAGAUGGUUAUGGACUUCACCCAUCCUUACUACUUCGAUACAUCCACCAUAUUGAUGAAACGUCCCGACCCCAACAAAACAAAAUGGCGGACUUUAAUUGACCCGUUCGCAGACAUCGUACAUAUGUGUAUCUGGAUUACACUUUCACUGGCCGCUCUCGUCCUCACGGUCCUGGAGAAGAUAAACCCUUUCUACACACAUCACCAGGAGGAUGAGGAACGCCAAACAUAUCAGAAUACAUUUUGGUAUAUGUUCGGGGCGCUUCUAACCCAAGGUGGGGAUCGCUUGCCUGAAUCCCAAACCGGAAGAACUUUGAUCAGUUUCUGGUGGCUCUUCUCGAUCAUAAUGGUAGCCACAUACAGCGGAAAUCUUAUAGCUUUCCUUACGGUGGCAAAGGACAGGCUUCCCUUCAACUCACUAGCGGAACUUGUGGCUCAGUCUGAGUACAGCUGGGGCACCUUAGGGGGGACUUACUUCAUCACAAUGUUUAAGGACUCGACUCUACCGGUAUAUUUGAAAGUCUGGGAUGGCGUUGUGAAAGCUAACGCCUCCGACCCCCGGGCUCUCUCCCCCGACCCCGCCAUCCACAUCGAAAAGAUCCUUAAGGAAGACUACGUUUAUUUUGGAGACAAAGUUGUCAUGGACAUGCGAAGAGUGAAUGAUUGCCGUCUGACGACUGUGGAUGAAGAAAUUCCAAAUAUGUCGUAUGGAGUUGGUUUACCGAAUCACUCACCCUACACUAAGAUAUUCUCCAAUAAAAUACUGGAAUUACUCGAGAGUGGUAUAUUUUCCAUAUACACACACAGACAUUGGCCGAAAGUAAACUUCUGUAAGGAAACUGUACAGGCCACUGCUAAACAGAUCUCUCUUAUAGACGUACAUAGCGCUUUCAUUCUCAUAGGAAUUGGAAUAGCGUUUGGUUCUCUUGUCCUACUGGUGGAGUUUGUGGUGAGAUAUCGGUACAAACUGUUCAGUUGUGUGAUACCACAGAAGGUAAAGGACCGACAUGUUGUUAAUAAAAAGUUCCGGGAUUGUCAGGCUUUUUAUAUAGACGGCAGGGAGAAACCGGAACCGGAAACGACAGGCCGACGUAGAAGUUCGGCAUUUAUUUCGGACAGACGAUUUAGUAAUGUUGAAAAAUUGGAAAAAAAUAAUUCCUCGGAAAUAAAAUGACAAAGGGAAUUACGGCUGAUUGGAUAAACCAUGUGGAAAAUCUUAUCUAUUUUUACCAUGUUACUACUGACAUCAGGAAUGACGUCAUAGUUUACCGUCCAAUGUCGUUGUUUUAUCCAAUUUAGAAUGAUUAUGUGCUUCUGAGGUACAGCAGUUAUAAUCUGUUCCAGAUAUUUGAAGAUUCGUCGUUUAGAUUCUUCAACAGAAAAAAAUGUAAAUCAUUAAAUAUAUUCAGCAUAAACAGAAAAUAGGUAAAAUAUACGUGGAAAAUCUUCUUUUAAAUAAAUAACCGAUCGUUUUCUUGGUUGAUUUUAUGUUCAUGUCCUAGUUCUGUAGGAGUGUAUGAUUUUGUGCAUUCUAAAACAAUUCAUCACGGUGUCACACACCUACUUCAGCCAAUCAGCUGGUGAUUCUCAUAAACCAAGUCCCUGAAGAAAAUGUGUUUCUUAGGUUUGUAGCUAUUUCCUGAAUAUAUUACGUAUGAAAUGGAGACUUUCUAUAUACGAGAAUAAAGAGAAAGGUCUUGAGAUUUGAAAAUCAAAAAUAUACACUCAUGGUAUAAAUAGAAAGACGUAGGAUCCCAGGUGUAAAAAGACGGAAAUUCCCAAGGUGGGGGUUCCCCAGUCCACUAUAAGUAUCAGGGUCUUCCAAGUACUGGUGUGCUCUUAUAUUCUAUUCAGCCUAUUAUAUAUCAUUUUCCCUGGUAGGGAAAUCUUUAAACUUUUAUUUGAUAUAAAUCUCACAAUAUUAGAACUUCAAAUGAGCGAUUGAGGGGAUGGAGUCAUUGGUAAUAACAAUAACAAUAAUAAUUGGGGGAUCUGCACUUU